CUGUUUUUUUAAAACAAAAAACAAAAAAAAGGAAAUAAGAAGUUAUUUUUACUUUUCUGUCGUCCGUAUUCAAAUUAUUAUGAUAUUAAUAAGUUUGAGUGAUUGUUGAUUCGUUAGAUAACAUAAAUCAUAUGAUCAGUCCUGAAACCACCAUUUCCCCCCCUCCUCUUCAGCUUCCCACAAACAUUGACGUCGGAAUGCCGAUGACCAUUUGAUCAUUCAAUUUUCCUCAGCCACACCCGUUCAUCGCUGCCACCAGAGCCAGCUUCUGCCGCCCCUGACGCCGUUGGAAAAGCCACCUCCACCAAGCUACCUCCGACUUCCUCCCCUGCGUCGCCGCGACCAGAACCACCACAAAUUCCGCCACCACCGACGACGCUUCCACCGAGCUUGCCGUGCAGCCACCACCGAGUUUUUAUCUACCCAUAGGUUACUUGAAUUGUUUUAUCUCGAUGAAGAGCGAAGAUGGGAUGAAGGAAGACAAUAUCUUUGAGGAGAGAGAAUUAUCAGAUGGGGAAGAGGAGGAGGAGGAAGAAGAAGAAGACAACGAAGAAGAUGGUGAUGGAGGUGAGGAGGGAGAAGGUGAAGAAGGCGAGAAUGAGUUGGAGGAAGAAGAGGAAGAGGAAUGUUCAGUGAGAUUUGAAGGGAAUAUAAACCCUUUGGAUUUUGUUAAAGAAGGUACUUCUGAGGUUCAACUUUAUCAAGAGCUGGAAAAGCUCAACUAUGGAACUUUGGUUGGGAAGAGGCGGAAAGGCCAAGGAGAAGGGUCAGCUAAGAAGCAGAGGCCGGAGAUUAAUGUUGGAGCAACCCCUGCAGAAAUGGAGGAGGUCAUGAGUUAUACUUCUAGGCGAAGAUCUAAGAAGCCUAAGAAGAGAGGGAGGCGUAAAGGAUCAAGAAAUAAGCUUAGCACUGAAAUCACAAGGAAGCUUGGUGAUGCUAAUCUUCAUUAUGCACAUGGCCGCUAUGAAGAAGCUAUCAGAUUGUUGAGAGAAGUGGUUCUACUGGCCCCAAACCUACCGGAUCCAUAUCAUACACUUGGGCUCGUAUAUAACUCUAUGGGCGACAAAGUGAAAUCUGUGAACUGCUAUAUGUUAGCUGCAAAUUUUGGUCCAAAAGAAUCACCUUUGUGGAAACCGCUUGUGACUUGGUCCAUAGAGCUGGGUAACAUUGGUCAAGCUUGGUGGUGUCUUUCUAAGGCAAUUACUGCGGAUCCAGCUGAUAUUACACUCAGGUACCAUCGUGCUUCACUUUGCAUGGAGGCAGGAGAUUUUUCAAAAGCUGCUGAAUCGUAUGAUCAGAUAGUUCAAAUCUGCCCUGAUAAUGUAGAAGCACUCAAGACUGCUGCAAUGUUGUACAAACGAUCUGGCCAAUUUGAACGUUCUAUUACUAUUUUGGAGGACUACCUGAACAACCAUCCUUCUGAAGCUGAUUUAACCGUAGUUGAUAUGUUGGCUUUAUUCUUCAUAGAAAGCAAUUCCUAUACUAAAGCACUUCAGCACAUUGAGCAUGCAAAGAAAGCCUGUGGUUUAGUGAAAGAGUUUCCUUUAUGUCUGAGAGUAAGAGAAGGCAUUUGCCAUGCUCAUCUUGGGAAUAUAGAGAAAGCAGAGAUUUGUUUCUCUCUUCUUCAAAGGAAUAAUGUGGAACAGCAAAUGGACUAUAUGAUGGCAGUGGCCAACUCAUAUGUGAAUCUGCACCAACACGAGUUAGCAUUGAAGUAUUAUCUGAUGUUAGACGGCUGUGUCUUAAAAAAUGAGCUCGUAAGUCUGAAAAUUGCUCACUGCUACUCUGCUCUGGAAAAAGCUGCUUCAGCUAUCCAGUUUUUCUACAAAGGAUUACAAGCAAGUGAAGAUGACAUUGAUGCUCGUUUAACUCUAGCUUCCCUUCUCCUUAAGGAAAACAGAGAAGAAGAAGCGGUUGAAUUGCUUUCACCUCCACCUAACCCAGUAUUCUCAAAGGACAUGCAUGCAGAUAAAUCAGAACCUUGGUGGCUCAAUGUGAAAGUAAAGUUGAGGUUAGCUCAAAUUUAUAGAACUAAAGGGAAGCUCGAGGCCUUUGUUGAAGUGAUCUACCCCAUUAUUCAUGAAUCACUUAAGAUUGAUUCGAUGGAUCAGAAGGCAAAACAGAGGAAAAGACUCUCUAUGAAUGAACUAUCUGAGAGAGUUAAAGUUCUUGGUGAUCAUCAAACUGAUUCUGUCUUCCAAAACUUUAGAAGGCCAGCUCCCAGAAAAGAGUUGUUGAAAGCUAAUAGGGCUGCAAAGUUGCUUAAAAAGAGAGCAACAUCCAAAGAAGAAAAGAUAUCUACUGCAAUGGCUGCUGGACUUGAUUGGGAGAGUGAUGAAUCAGGAGAUGAUGUUCCGCAACAACCAUUGAAGGAGCCUCCAUUGCCCGAUCUCUUCAAGGACGAGGAGCAUUAUAAUCUCAUUUCAGAUCUAUGCAAAGCAUUGACAUCUUUGAGAAGGUAUAGUGAGGCUUUGGAACUUAUAAAGCUCACUUUGAAAAUAACUUACAAGACACUGCCUGCAGAGAAAAAGGAGAAAUUUCAGUCCCUAGGAGCUCAAAUAGCCUUGAAUGUUACUGAUCCAUCUGAUGGGUUUGACUAUGUACGCUACAUUGUUCAGCAGCGUUCACAGAGUGUUGCUGCUUGGAAUUGUUAUUAUCGAUUAGUCUUGAGGUUAGAGAAUCGUCUCUCUAAGCAUAAUAAGUUUCUGCAUCAUAUGCGAGUUGAACAUAAGGAUCUAGUGCCACCCAUGAUUAUUUCUGGAAAUCAGUUUACAAUGAUCAGUCAACACCAAGUAGCUGCAAGGGAAUACUUGGAAGCGCAUAAACAUAUGCCAAAUUCCCCACUGACCAAUCUCUGUGUCGGGACUGCCUUAAUCAAUUUAGCCCUUGGACAUAGACUUCAAAACAAGCAUCAGUGUGUUGCACAAGGCUUAGCUUUCCUUUACAACAAUCUGCGACUUUGUGAAAAUAGCCAGGAAGCCUUGUAUAAUAUAGCUCGUGCAUUCCACCACGUAGGACUUGUCACAUUAGCUGCUACUUACUAUGAGAGGGUCCUUGCAAUUUCCCAAGAGGACUGCCCCUUACCAGAGCUUAUCAAAGUAGAUAAAGGUCCUGCAAAAGAUGUAAAAUCCGGCUAUUGUGACCUCCGGAGAGAAGCAGCGUACAAUUUGCACUUGAUCUACAAAAGAAGUGGAGCAGUUGAUCUUGCAAGGCAGAUGUUGAGGGAUUAUUGCACCUUGUGAGACAUCGUGAAUUUUUUGGUUCAUGAUCAUAUGGAUGUAGUCUUGGUUUAUGUGAGUUAAAUACUUUUUUUUUUUUUGAUAAAUUUCAUUUAGGCACGUUGGCCAACGCAUACUUUUAAAUGUAAAUAUCUUUAAUUGCGUAUAAGCAAAAAACAUAAAAUUUUGAUAAAAGAAAAUAGGUGUUGAGACGAAACUA